GAGAGCGGCGCGGCUAUGGUGUAGCUCGCUGGCUGUGUGUACCGGAACAAGCGAGAUGGGGAAACGGGAUAGACAGUGGACAGGACUCAUAGAGACGAGGUUCUCUCCCAUAGAGAAGUAGGGGAGAGAGCGGAACCAGUUAGAGGAUAGGGAAACCUAGUCACCCAGGAGUGUGUGAGGAGGUUGAGUGUCACACUUCCCUCUUAGACUGUCGGUGAUGCCUUCUUCGCCCCAGCAUAACACCCACAGAGUGUGCUGCUGCUUCUACUUUGAAUUUACUCAAAAUAAAUUUGUCUGUAGAGGGACUCUACCCUCCUGUUGACAUGUCCCUUCCAUCUCCACUUCCUCACAAUGAACCGCUAUACAACAAUAAAACAACUUGGGGAUGGUACUUAUGGCUCUGUCCUUCUUGGAAGGAGUGUGGAGUCGGGAGAGCUGGUCGCCAUCAAGAAAAUGAAACGUAAAUUUUACUCCUGGGAAGAAUGUAUGAACCUUCGAGAGGUUAAGUCUUUGAAGAAGCUAAACCACUCAAAUGUCAUCAAACUGAAGGAAGUUAUCAGAGAAAAUGACCACCUCUAUUUUGUUUUUGAAUACAUGAAAGAGAAUCUUUACCAGCUAAUGAGAGAUCGGAACAAAUUAUUUCCAGAAUCUACAAUCCGGAAUAUAAUGUACCAGAUACUCCAAGGGCUUGCUUAUGUGCACAAAUACGGGUUCUUUCAUCGAGACUUAAAACCUGAAAACCUCCUUUGUAUUGGACCAGAACUUGUGAAAAUAGCUGAUUUUGGGCUUGCUCGUGAAACAAGAUCAAGACCACCUUAUACUGACUAUGUGUCAACCAGAUGGUAUAGAGCACCAGAAGUCCUUCUUAGAUCCACAAAUUAUAACUCUCCAAUUGAUAUUUGGGCAGUCGGUUGUAUCAUGGCUGAAGUGUAUACCCUCAGGCCUCUCUUUCCUGGAUCCAGUGAAAUUGAUACAAUAUUCAAGAUUUGCCAAGUCCUGGGAACACCAAAAAAGAGUGACUGGCCAGAGGGCUACCAUCUAGCUAGUACAAUGACCUUCCGCUGGCCUCAGUUUGUACCAAACAACUUAAAAACUCUAGUCCCCAAUUCAAGCAGUGAAGGUAUCCAGCUUAUGCGAGAUAUGCUGCAGUGGGACCCGAAAAAAAGACCAACAGCAAGCCAGGCUCUCCGGUACCCCUAUUUUCUCAUUGGCCAGACUUUAGGCACAUCUCGAAUUCUGGAAUCAUCCAAGACCACAAAAGACCAUCAUGAGAAGCAAAUCCCAUUACUUAUCAAACCAGUUCCCCCUUCUCAGCCACCACCAAAGUGUCAACCACACCUUGCAUCUAGAGCCUUACAGCAAACACAGCCAAACAGCCAGCAAUUCAAAGUUUCAUUGACAGAUUCAGCAAAGGGCUCACAGGACAAUGGUAAAGUUGAGCACACGCAUCUGCCUGCAUUAAUCACCAAGGACCCUCAGCAUAUGCAGAAAGGAGCAUCUGACCCAACAAGCACCAAUAUGGAUUUGAACCUGAAGAAUAGGAGAAGAUGGGGUGUUAUUACCAGACCGAUCAUGGGAUCUAGCAAGUGGGAUGAUUUGGAAGAUCUCAAUGUCCAUUCUUCAAAUACCAGAACCGAAAUGAAUGAAAAAAGACCAAGUGAUGAAACUCUUUGUAGUUUUGAAAGUAUUGUGGAUUUGAAACAGUCAGGUGGCGCAGCUGGUGCUACGCAUACACCAUUCUUUCGGCUGGACAGUGCAACAUCCAGAAGAGCAUCAGCAGCCAAGCAGCAUUACUUGAAACACUCUAGGUAUCUACCUGGUCUCACCAUCAAAAAUGGUGCAUUGGACAUACCAAGUCAAGAAACUAUAAGUUCCAACAGUCAUUGGCCGAAUGUUCGUCAGCCUCUCAAACCUCUUGGUUUGGUCUCAGGUGUGAGCAGCAAGAUUUCUGGGCAUACUGGGAGCAGCGGAUCAGCUGUUAAUUAUACCCCAUCUUUUUUAAAAAAAGAAAUGGGUUUUGCAAGUCAGAAGGUUCAUUUAGCUCCACUUACAGAUCCAGCUCCAAAUUAUGGAUCUCUGAAAUCUGUUGGAGCAUACUUGGGAAAGACUUCAUUCACCUCUCCUUCCAAAACUACCACAGGCCUGUCACCCAGACCCCCACCUCCCAUUCAGCCGAUUCAUGGGAGAACAGACUGGAUUUCCAAAUACGGGGGCCGGAGAUAAGGGGCCUUGAUGGCGUUUAUAUUUUGCACUCAACACCUGCUUUGGAUUGGUAAUCUGACAUGGAAGUAACUACCUUCAUAUCCCUGUCC